ACUUUAAUUAAUAUUGUUCAAUUUACAGUAGUCGUCAUGGAGGUUCCGCCUGUGCAUCCCGGACCUGCAUCGCUAGAGCUACUGUUGCUACAGGUCGAGCAUAGGUCUUCAUACAUAUGGGAUGGGCAGUGCUUGUCCUAGACAUUCCGCGCCAGACGUGUAGACGAUAUGUGGGAGUUCAUUAGGGCCCACCCACUCAAUCCCCGUAUAGUUAGACGCCUUGAGGAUACGAGUUCUACAGGAUCAUAGAGAUCGGCCGGUUGCCAUUCGACUGGGCGUUGAUCACGGCUAUGAUAGAGCGGUGGCGACUAGAGACUCACAUGUUUCAUCUACCAAUCGGCGAGACUACCAUCACGCUUCAGGACGUGGAGGUUCUUUUUGGGCUACCGGUUGAUGGAUUACCUAUAGCUUACCCGUAUGCUCUUAGAGAAUAUACGAGAUUGCAUUACCUAGAGAUGUUGCAGCGGCUCACCGGUUUUCAGCCAGCGGAGGAAACAACAUUGAGUGGGGCCAGUCGUUUGCAGUUGACGCCCGUUCGGCAGCAUCUGGAGGUGAUGGAUGCGAACAUUACGGAUGAUUCAUCGGAUCUUCUUAUCCACUGGUACACGAUAUUGUUGAUGUUGUAUAUGUUCGGUGGGGUAUUGUUCCCGAACAAUUCGGAAAACCUAGUCAGCUUGAGAUUUCUUCAUCAUCUUGAGCGGCUAGAUGAUUUACCUGGUUACAGUUGGGGUGCAACUGUUCUAGGGUACCUGUAUAGGCAGAUGUGUCGGGCAAGCAUGGGCACCCAGAGAGACAUUGCCGGAUUGUUGCCGCUGCUGCAGGUUUGGGCCUGGGAGCGGUUCCUGCAGUCCCAGCCACCUCUACCACCCAUCGUUCCGGAUGCACCACCUCCACCGUUUCUCCCUUUAGCUAGGAGGCGGGUUGAUAGGCGAGGCUAUGGAUGCGAGGUCGAGGCUCGACAUCAUCUCCCCUAUUACAGGGAUUUGUUGGAUUUGCUUGAAGGCGCGCAGUUCAUAUGGAGGCCAUACAGCGACGAGCUAAUAGCUGGUUUGCCCGAUUAUUGCUCCAUCGGCCGAGUUAUGUGGAGCACUUCCGUCCUAUUGAUGCGUCUCGAUAUUGCCGAGCAUCAGGCCACCAAGCAAGUCCUUCGCCAGUUUGGUCGACUGCAGCUUGUACCUACUCUCACCGCUUGGCUUAGGACACAUUACCAGCAGGAUGAUCGUUCUAGGGUUGACCAGACAUACGUGGCCUGGCUAGAGGCCUAG